AUGGCGGUUUUCUUUCUCUGCAGGUAUAACGUUCUAACAGAGGAGCUGAGUGGGCAAGUCUUGGACAACUCCAAAUAUGGCGGUCAGUGCAGGAUUGUUUACAGUGGAGACCAUGGGAAAACCUUCCGCCUGCCGCAUAACACCCAGUUCUACAGGUUCCAGGUGGUUGCCGACACGUCCUUCCGUGCGGAACAGUUCAGCAGCUCUAAACAAUUCUAUCAGGACACCUCCGCCAAGAGACAGCGGGACAUCCAUACAGAUGCGUCAACCUCUUUCUCGGUGUUCACAGCCAGCGCUGAGGUCGCCAGCAGCCAGUCCCAUGGCAACCAUGACGUCCUCAAGUCCAGCCAGGACUCGGACUCCGCCCUGUUUACCGUCUCCAACCAGAUCGAGCUUGCGCAGUUCAGGAUUAACGGCGGCAGCAACUUCAUUCUGUCAGACAGCUUCUACAGAGCGCUGGAGGAGUUACCGGUGGUGUACAGUUACGCGGAAUACAAGAAGCUGAUAGUUGAUUUCGGGACGCACUACGUGUCAGCGGGCAAGCUGGGUGGGCAGUACCGGUACGCGUACAGGUACAACCGCCGCAACCUUACCGAGUCGGGUCUGAGCGACGAGCAGCAGAAGUCGUGUCUCAGUAAUGAGGCCAAGGCGUCCUUCCUGGGGAUCAGCAUCGGCGGCGGCUUCAAGAAAUGUCAGAACAACAAGCUGUCUCAGCAGACCGCAGGAAGCUUCACCCUCGCCGCCAGUGACAGCGUGUCCUUCGUAAAAGGCGGGACGUCCCAAACGGCCGGUAGCCUGGCUUACACCAACCAUCCAAUGACAGAAAAGUACCAGGCUUGGCUGGAUGAUGUAAAGAACAAUCCGGCGGUUAUCUCCGUCGAGCUUUACCCACUGUCGGAACUGGUUGCUGGCGUGUCCCUGGCAUCCUUGAAGAAGCGCCAUCUAGUGCGCGCCCUGGUGCAGUACCUGGACGAGUUCCACCCGUGCAAGUGCGCCCCCUGCCGGAACAACGGAAAGGCGGUGCUGAUCGGGACGGCAUGCGAAUGCGUCUGCGCAGAGGGAACAUAUGGCGCGUCCUGUGAGAAAGUGGCUGAUCCCAGCCUGGCGGUAAAAGACGUUGACGGGAGCUGGAGCUGCUGGACCGGCUGGUCGGCCUGCUCGGCUCGGUGUGGUGGCGGGUCUAGCCGGAGGAACCGCGCCUGCGACAACCCAGUCAACUCCGGCGGGGGUCAGUUCUGCACCGGGGACAGCCUGGACGCCAAAACCUGCAACGUCUUCCCAUGUGGCGGACCAGGCACCACGCUGUUCCCGGAUGCUCCCCCCACCCCGGUGCCACGGACUGGUGACAAGGUUUCCGCGGGACAGGUCGGGGAACCUGGGAACACCGCGAGCCAAGGCCUCGGACUGGCAAUCGGACUAUCUGUGGCUGUGGUCAUCUGCCUGGCUGUCGCCGCUGCGCUGGCCUACAAGUACAGGAGACAUGGACGUCCCCACAGCCAAAGCGAGACUAGGCCGAUGGUGGCCCAGCAACUCUGAGCACCUAAUAUUGUCUUAGACCCUGCUACGAUCAAAUUCAUGCACAUUUACUGGGUAUGAAAGACGCCUUAGAUCCCCUGUCCACGAGACGGAGAUUGCGUUUUUGGGUCUUUUCUAACCAGAUUUCUUUGAAUUAUAAUUUUUUAGUUAUCGGUUUCGUAAUGUGUGCUAGAAACAGCUAGUUGAGUUAGAAGAUGAGUUGACCUAAACGACAAAUAUCACUUAUACGGAGAUUAUUUCUAAGGCUGUGUGUUUUCAUACACCAUUACCACAUUUAUCAUUUGUAUCUAUAGACUCAAUGCAAUAAACAUCAAUAUUGAAAUAUCACCGUACUUAAAGCACACUUGUUUAACACAGAAAGGUGCAAGCUAAUAGCAAAGGGAAUUUUCUGAAUCUAUCCAAGAUUUUGUCAAGCGAUUUCCUGAAUAGUAUAUCCAAGAUUUUGUAACGUUAAAUGAGUUUCUGAAGUCUUUGUAAAAAGUGUAAGUCUUACGGCAUGGUCGGUUUGUUACGUCAUGAGCAGUUCUUUUUGCAGCAUAACUGGUCAUUAAAUCAACAUGGUGUGUUCAAUGGUAUAUACUGUUUUCUAACAUCAGUUCAGUUCAGUUUCUAACAUCAUGUUUAGUUACUAACAUAAACCUAUUUAGUAUCUGCCUGUCUAAAGUGAUCGCCAACUUCCUCUACGUACCUAUCCUGUGGGCCAUCCUCUAUAGUACCGCUGGUAGAAUCUUUUCGCUUGCUAAGGCUUAGGUCCCAAUUGGUAUAAGCAUGGCAAGUAUUAAUGAUUGUUGUUGUAUCCUUUCGCCUGUUGUAUCCUUUCGCCUGGAUGUUUGUCGGGCAUUGCUGUUAACAAGAAAGAUAAUGUCUAGUGACGAGUGACCUAUCAUAAAUGUUUCUCAAAAGACAUUGGUUUAUCUCCUCUAAAUAACACUGUGUUCAUAGUAUGAAAGUAUUAGCAAAGAAAGCUAUUGUAUCAUCUUCUCAUAAAUUAUGUCAAUGAGACCCUAAUUUGCAUGACUUACGUCCACAUGUUCAACUUAACGCACAUGUUGCUGCCAAAUGGCACAAGAAUGGAAUGUUCGUCAUUUAACACUAUGAUAAAAAUUUCUCAUUAAUCAUGUAAAUUAGGUAACAAUUUUUAUAAUUGGUGUCUACCGAUAGUUCUCUUUUCUAGUUACCUAUGUGAUGUUUAAGUGUCCUAGUAGUAAUGGA